CAGCAGCAGCCUCUGUCAACCUGAAUCACCCCGCCUUCUGCUUUGGGAAAAUGACCCAGCUAGUGACUUCAUGUUAGAUGCUCUAUAUAAGUCGAGGGAAAAAAGCAGGCAUUUGCAGAGCAGAGGGGCUGGGUUAAAUCAAAGCCAGGACACCGCCGCGGAAGGGAUUCCGGCCGAGCGAGCAGCGCAGUCAUGUCACAGCCAGGCCCUGUGAAAAAGAAGCGUCCUCCAGUGAAGGAAGAAGACCUCAAAGGAGCCAAAGGAAACCUUUCCAAAAACCAGGAAAUUAAAUCCAAAACCUACCAAGUCAUGAAGCAAUGUGAACAAAUGGGCUCUGCAGCACCUUCCAUAUUCAGCCGGAAUCGGACAGGGGAUGAAACAGUCUUUGAGAAACCCAAAGAAGAGCCAGCCAAGAGUGUUUUUGGCUGAUGGUGGAGAUGGAGGUGUCUCACCCUGAUGACUGCUGUAACAUUUUCCCAGAUUUCCGCCCCUUACACUAAAGUCACUGUAGAUCUAAAUAGCUAAUUUCCACUGUAAGUCAUUAAGGAGGGAAUAGACCCACAUUGAAGGGUACAACUUCCAUGUUAAAUUUUAUUAUGUGCUUUCUAUCUGUCUGUUGAAUGGUGUUUGCUCUAAUGGUUUAAUAAAAAAAGUUGUUGGAUACAGCUUGGCACUGUGGUUACUAAUUUUAGUUUAGCCUUAGAUUAAUUAUGUUUUGGCAUCCCGGUCUGUGAUCUCGUCUAUCAAAUGCAAAGAAUAAACAUCCAGAUGUCACAGUU